AGAAGCUGGAGAGCGUGGGCGCCUCGGUCGCUCUGCGCAGGCGCCGCGAAGGGCUGUGUCUCUGCAGUCACGCUUCUAAGACACACAAUCUCCUAGGGGGAGUGACGUCAGGAUAGAGCCACCGGAACGCAUCCCGGUGUCCCUAAAUCCCGGCGGUCUGACCUUUUCUGCCUCCGUCCUCCAGACCCCAAGGGCGGGGCUUCUCAGCGGUUGAUCGGCCGUCACCAGCUGCGGUCUCGUGUAUAGUGCUCUUUGCUCGCUAUGCCUCCGCCGCGGGGUGACGUGACCGCCUUAUUCCUGGGUCCUCCGGGUUCAGGAAAGUCCGCACUGAUCGCCGCGCUAUGCGAUAAGGAUGUGGAGACGUUAGAGGCCCCCGAGGAACGGCCGGACUCCGGGGUCCCAAGCCUGAGAGCUGCGGGCCCAGGCCUCUUCCUGGGCGAGCUGAACUGCCCACCCGCAGCGCCGGGGCCCUGGGCGGCAGAGGCCAACGUCCUGGUACUGGUGCUACCCAGACUCGAGGGGAACGGGGAACCCUUGGCCCCAGCUCUGGGAGAGGCAGCGAGGGCCGCCCUGGCCCGAGGAACCCCGCUGCUGGCUGUGCGGAACCUCUGUCCUGGGGAUUCACAGAAUGACGCCCAGGUUCGGGAUCAGACAGCGGCCCUGCUGGACAGCGCGGGGUUAGGAGCCGCGGCUCUCUUCGUGCUGCCGGCGAAUUGCUGUAGCAGCGACAGCUGCGAGGAGCUAGAGCGCCUGGGGACGGCGCUGCGGAGCCAGGCGGAGGAACUGCAGAGGCUCCUGCCACCGGCUCAGGAUGGUUUCGAGGUGCUGGGCGCAGCAGAGCUGGAGGCUGUGCGAGAGGCCUUCGAGACCGGUGGCCUGGAGGCGGCGCUGUCGUGGGUGCGCGCAGGCCUGGAACUCCUAGGCAGCGCACGGCUGGACCUGGCUGUGGCCGGCACGGCUGACGUGAGCCUUGUGCUGGACCUGCUACUCGGAUUGAAUCCGGGAGACCCAUCUGCUGUGCCUGCUUCUGCGCCCGUGGGGCCCACUCCCUUCCCGGCCCCAGAGCGCCCCAAUGUGGUGCUCUGGACUGUGCCUCUGGGCCCCGCGGUCAUUGCUGCCGCCGCUGCCUCCUCUCCCCCGACCCACUACGAUGCCCUCAUCCUUGUCACCCCUGGGGCCCCUACUGAGAAGGAUUGGGCUCAGGUCCGAGCCUUGGUGCCACCAGGUGCGCCGCUUGUCUGUGUGCGAACAGACGGCGAGGGCGAGGAUCCGGAGUCUCUGGAAGAAGAAGAAAAGGUGGAGAGACCCGGAGGCGACAGUUUAGAGGGCGGAGGGGUGUUGGAGAAUGCACUCAGUGAGCGCACUGAAUCGCAGAAAGCAGGCAGUGAGGAAGGUUCAGAGAAAGCUGGCAGUGGAAACGUGCAACAGGUCGUCGGCGCUAGGAAAUCGGAGCGCGCGGCCGCUUUGAGCCCGGAAGACGAGACGUGGGAGGUGCUGGAGGAAGCGCCACCGCCCGUGUUCCCUCUACGGCCGGGAGGACUCCCGGGGCUAUGCGAAUGGCUACGGCGAGCGCUUCCCCCGGCCCAGGCGGGGGCUCUGCUCCUGGCGCUGCCACCCGCGUCUCCCAGUGCGGCUCGAAGGAAGGCUGGGGCGCUGCGGGCUGGGGCGUGGCGGCCGGCUCUGCUGGCUAGUCUGGCGGCAGCGGCGGCACCAGUACCAGGACUGGGCUGGGCUUGCGACGUGGCACUUCUACGGGGUCAGCUGGCGGAGUGGCGGCGGGCUCUGGGGCUUGAACCAGCGGCGCUAGCAAGACGCGAGCGCGCUCUGGGCCUCGCUCCUGGGGAGCUAGCAGCGCGCGCUCGCUUCCCGGGCCCGGUGACACGCGCCGAGGUGGAAGCAAGGCUGAGCGCCUGGGCUGGCGAGGGCACUGCCGGGGGUGCGGCGCUGGGCGCACUCUCCUUCCUGUGGCCUGCGGGUGGCGCAGCGGCGGCAGGUGGCCUGGGCUACCGCGCGGCACACGGCGUCCUGCUGCAUGCUCUCGACGAGAUGCAGGCUGACGCCGAGGCGGUGCUGGCUCCCCUUGAGCCCGCCCAGUGAGGGGUGGGAUGGGGGCUGGGGCUACUGGGGUACCCAGCAUCCCGGCUGCUGGCUCCGCCAGGGGCUGAGGACCCAAGUCCCAGUUAGAGUGGAAGGGGCUUGGGAGUCCAGUCUCUGGCAUGGGAUGCCUGGGCUUCUGAGAUAACAGAAUGGAGGAGCUGCUACUCAGAAUCCUGGGUGCUUGGCUCUGGGACGCGGACUCUGACUUCUGGAUGGACUGUGUAACUUCUAGUCACCAAAAUUCCUGGGUCCUCAAAGGGAAUAGAACCUGGCAAACAGGAUUCCUGACCAGGUGGCAUGGCAUCUAGACUCUUGUGUCCUGAAGGGAGUUGAGGGCCUGGACUCUUCUAAAGGAGUUAUGUCUUGUUCUCAUAGGGAAUGGAAACUGGAGUUAUUGGACAUCUAAACCUGCAAGGGGUAAGGGAUAGAAACCCUGUUUCCUAAUUGGGAGAGGGGGGUCGAUGAUUGGGGACUUGGACUCCAGUAUGAGGGAGAGGGAUCUGAGUGCCCCCAGGGAGCUGUAAUUCUUUGACUUCUGGAUCUCAAAGGGAAACCGGCUCUAGGUUUCCUUGGGAGGCCCUGCCCAUAGCCUCCUAGGUCCCCAAGGGGCAGUGGGCUUUGACUCUAUAUUAGAGGGUCUCCAGGGUCUCAGACUUCUGGAUCCCAGGAGGGCUAUGGACCUUGGUUCCCAAUUCUUGGAUGGUGGGAGGUCUACAUUUGGAGGAGGGAUCAAGGGGCCUGUGGGAGAAAGCUGGAGACCCCUUGAUCUCUCUUGGGAAAUGGAAAAGUAUCUACUAUUUGCUCUGCAGGAGUCUGGUUGUGGGGAGGGUGGUCCCACAAAAAUGCAGGGAGGGGGUAAGUAUGGUCUGGGCAUGGUGGGCUCUGGGGGUAGUCAGAGACCAGGAAUGAAGCCUUCUGGGUGUGGAAGGGCCGGAAACCACACAUCAGAGAUAUAUCUCCCACAAAUCCCUUGUAUUUGGGUCCUGGCAAUUGCCUCUCUCUGUGAGUUUGACUGGGAAGGGAUAGGACUGCCUCCAUUUUAUAGGUGCUGAGUGGUUCUGGGGAAUCUGUUCCUCUGUCUCUCUUUCCUAAAGGGGUUUCUUUCUUUUUUUGAUCUUUGUUUCUUCUGUCAUUAAACCUUGACCCUUUCUAGACUCGGUGUUUCAUACACAUGACAUUUUGGAAGAGCAGCUGUACUGCUGCACUAAUCCAAAUGUUUGUGUGGCUACCUCAGGUAUCCUCAAGAGGCUCUGCCUUCUGGUCCUGCAGAGGGUCCUGCAGUGGGUAAGGGGCCCACAAAAUGGCUGGGCAGGCAUUCCAGACUGGGAAUGUGCCAGGAGUGAGGCAAAGGCAGAAACCACAGUGCCUGGAAUGUUCUAGGCUGCCAACUACAUGUAGGGGAGAUGUGCAGGUUACAGAAUUCUUCAAUGUCACAAACAGAAAAGGAGGACCUGAAAGGCCAUCCAAUAGAAUCUCUUUCUGAUAGAGGAGAGCAAAGGCCAGAGAGGGCAGGCUCGAGGCCCAGCAGCACACGGCAAGGCCCUGACCCAUUCUAUCCCCUACCUGCCUGAUAGGUCUUCCUUCUGAUGCUUGAGUGGGCCACGCCGGAUCCUGCUUCAGGACGUUUACACUUCUCUCUCCUGGAAUACUCUGCUCCCACAACUUCCCACGACUGGCUCCUUCCCUUGUCAAUCAGAUAUCAGCUCAGAUAUCCCCUCAAAGAGGCCUUGCCUGACCACCUCAACUGAAGUAGCUCACAUAUCCCUUCCUUGUAGCAAUUAUUACUAUAAAAAUUAUUUAUUUACCUCUUUAUUGGCUAUUGACUCCUUGACUGUCUUGUUCUCCGCUGUACCCCCAGCACCUAAAACAAUGCCUGACACAUGAUAGGUGCUUAGUAAAUAUUACUUUAAUUCAUUGAUCAGUGGCAGAACUAGGGCUGGAAUUUAGAUUGUUGGCCUCUUGCCACAAGACAGGAAAAAGGAGUGAGAUGGGGAGAAACAAACAUUUAAUGGGAGAGAAUGCCCUGUCUGAGGUCAAGGGACCAGAGAGCAAGCACAGCUUUGCCACCCUCACUCUGUGUGACUUGGUCCAGUGCCUUAUUUUCCCAUUUUCCCAUCUGAAAUGAAAGGGCUGGAUGAGAACCGUAAAUACUUCUGCGAUCCUAUUUUGCUUGACAGCUGAAGACAUGGGUAACUGAUAUGAGGGGCAGAUACCCCAGGGACUGUCCUCCCUCUCUAGCUUGGACUUCUACCACUGGCAGAGUUUGUCCCUUCAAAGUUGGGACGGUCAAGAUGAGGAAAAGCAUUUGGCUGUAUACUGAAUGGCUCCAGGCAUUGCCCUCAAAGUUCAACCUUAGGGGAGUGGUAUUCAUUCAUAUCUGUAAUAUCAAGUACACCACUUUGUCUACCCCUUUCCUCAGUCUAGUGUUCAAGCCCCUCAAGCAUUCCAGAGCAGCACUGUCCAAUAGAAAUAAAAUGCAAGCCACAUAUGUACUUUUAAAUUUUCUAGUAGCCACAUUAAAAAAAUAAAAGGAAACAGGUGAUACUCAUUUUAAUAUGUUUUACUUAACCCAAAAUAUCCAAAAUAUUUUCAACAUGUAAUCAAUAUAAAAAAGUAUUAAUGAGUUGUUUUACAUGCUUUUAUGCUAAGUCUUCAAAAUCUGGUG